AGCGACGAAAGUUCCUUGUCUUUGACUAGAGACCAACGCGCGGAAGGGCGGACGAUAGCAGCACCUACUGCUGUUAUUAGCCUUCACAUCUCAAUGAACUGUUGUCAAAGAAUGCACUGAUCAUGCCCACUGCUUUUGCAGGGCAAAGAUAUUGAUCAGUGUUAGAAUAGUGCAUUUUUUCUUAUGAGAUUAUUUUUCAUAGAUUUUUAUUUGUAGGUAGAUAUUUUUCCACCAUGGUGCUAGGAAAGGUAAAGAGCUUCACCGUAAGCUACGACUGUCUCAAUGACAGCAAUGUCCCCGUUUUCGCAAGCGGGGAUUCCGUCUCAGGUAGGGUUAUCAUCGAAGUCACCGGAGAAAUCCGUGUGAAAUCUCUUAAAAUUCAAGCAAAGGGAUUUGCAAAAGUUCGUUGGACUGAAUCCCGAAAUGCUGGAUCUAACACUGCCUAUACGCAAAAUUACACAGAAGAAGUGGAAUAUCUAAACCAUAGAGACAUCCUAAUUGGACAUGAAAGAGAUGAGGACAACUCAGAAGAAGGACUCACCACUAUCCAUUCAGGAAGACACGAGUAUGCAUUCAGCCUUGAGCUUCCACAGACACCUCUGGCUACCUCGUUGGAAGGGAAGCACGGCAGCGUGCGUUACUGGGUGAAGGCCGAGCUACACAGGCCAUGGUUUCUGCCCAUGAAGACCAAGAAAGAAUUUACAGUGUUUGAACACAUCGACAUAAACACUCCUUUACUCCUGUCACCCCAGGCAGGUACGAAAGACAAGACUUUAUGCUGCUGGUUCUGCACCUCAGGUCCAAUCUCCUUAAGUGCCAAAAUCGAAAGGAAGGGAUAUACCCCAGGAGAGUCAAUUCAGAUCUUUGCCGAGAUCGAAAAUUGUUCCUCUCGCAUGGUCGUGCCAAAGGCAGCCAUUUACCAAACACAGACCUUCAAAGCCAAAGGUAAACUGAAGGAGGUCAAACAGCUGGUGGCCAACCUCCGAGGGGAGUCGCUGUCCUCGGGCAAGACGGAGACGUGGAGUGGCAAAAUGCUGAAGAUCCCACCCGUCUCUCCCUCCAUCUUGAACUGCAGCAUCAUCCGAGUGGAGUAUUCUCUCAUGGUGUACGUGGACAUCCCCGGAGCCAUGAACCUGUCUCUGAACCUGCCACUGAUCAUCGGCACCAUCCCGCUGCACCCCGUCGGCAGCCGCACCUCCAGUGUCAGCAGCCAGUGCAGCAUGACCAUGAGCUGGCUAGGCAUGACCCUGCCAGAGCGCCCUGAAGCCCCACCAAGCUAUGCCGAGAUCAUGACAGAGGAGCAGAGACGGAGCCUGGAGGUGACCUCAGCCAGGGAUCAGUUGGAGGGAUCACUCUUUGCCUACAUCCAGGAGUUCCGCUUCCAGCCCCCUCCUCUCUACUCUGAGGUUGAUCCCAAUCCUGAUCAAGCCAGCCGGACAGAGGAGAGGAGAUCUGACACCUGUCCAUCACGCUGAAGGAAACUCAGAGCCCCGCCCGGAGAUGUUUUGGGCGUUUCUAGUCGGCUCUGUUUUUGUUUUAUCCCCCCCAGCGACAGCGUUCGCAUGCCGCCGUCGAUGUUGAGAGAAAACAAAACAAAGAAACAAACAUGGAUGAUACCACGGUUGAACGAAGCCCCUCCCACAGAGAGAGGCACAGGAAGUCAGUACAGGAAGACUUCCUGGCAGCCUGCCUGGCCGAGGCACGGCUAGACAAACACACACCUGACCUGUGUAAAAAGAAACCCCUGUAGUGGAGACAGCCUUGGUGGAGUGAUGAUGCCGUGCCAGGGCCCUGUUUGCCUAUAGCUCUUAAUAUCCUGCUUUCUUCUGUAACCAUGGCAUACAGACAUGGCUCUCACACAGAGCAGACCUGUCAUGUCGAAAUCUGAGCAGAAAAAAAAGAAGAAACAGGAAGAAGAGAAAACAAUAUAAGCACCACUGUCUGGAGAGUUGAGCAGCAGAGAGACUACCUUCUUCCUGUCUGAAGAGUUCAGCAGCAGAGAGACUACCCUCCUCCUGUCUGAAGAGCUCAGCAGCAGAGAGACUACACUCCACCUGUCUGAAGAGCUGAGCAGCAGAGAGACUACCCUCCACCUGUCUGAAGAGCUGAGCAGCAGAGAGACUACCCUCCUCCUGUCUGAAGAGCUGAGCAGCAGAGAGACUACCCUCCUCCUGUCUGAAGAGCUCAGCAGCAGAGAGACUACCCUCCUCCUGUCUGAAGAGUUCAGCAGCAGAGAGACUACCCUCCUCCUGUCUGAAGAGCUCAGCAGCAGAGAGACUACCCCCCUCCUGUCUGAAGAGCUCAGCAGCAGAGAGACUACCCUCCUCCUGUCUGAAGAGUUCAGCAGCAGAGAGACUACCCUCCUCCUGUCUGAAGAGCUGAGCAGCAGAGAGACUACCCUCCUCCUGUCUGAAGAGUUCAGCAGCAGAGAGACUACCCUCCUCCUGUCUGAAGAGCUCAGCAGCAGAGAGACUACCCCCCUCCUGUCUGAAGAGCUCAGCCGCAGAGAGACUACCCUCCUCCUGUCUGAAGAGCUCAGCAGCAGAGAGACUACCCUCCUCCUGUCUGAAGAGCUCAGCCGCAGAGAGACUACCCUCCUGUCUCAUGAGAGAUUUUUGCACAUGUUAUUCUUGGCUUAAGUUGUGUAGUUCUGUUUUGAAGAAGAAAAAAUGAUCCCUUGUGUUUUUUUCAGCCUAGUAACAUGCUGGACGAAAGAGACUGCAGGCUUAACGCCUAGACUCCUUAUCCGCACAACUUCGAACAACGCAGAGAACAUAGAUACUUGGGGGAACGCAAGACUGAAAAGGACAGAAACAAUGCACUGACCUUGUUUAAUCUGUUUUAAGAUGUUAUUUUUCUUGGUCACAUUUCCUUAAUGACGUGUAGACAGGACUUGAAAGCAGCAGCACACUCUCCAUUCAAAAGCUAUUUUUCAAUGUCUCCUCAGUUGACUUCCUUUUUACUCUACUAGAUUCUGUCUUUUGAUUUAGUUCACAACUUAGAAUGCCUUCGAUCCAAUCAUAUGUUGCUUUGUGUUUAUGUUGCACUGUGUUCUGGAGUAGAGGAGCCUCAGGCCAGCACUUACCACUCAAGUAGAGCAUUAGAUGCAGAGACUUGUCAGUGUGUGUAUGAGUAUGCGUGCGUGUGGAACAUAUUAGAAUGCCCAUCCUCAGUGUCCCCGUCCCUCUACUCACAGCACAGAGCGACGCAGGCUUACAUACUGGCCAAAAAAAACCAAGAUGUUUUAAUUGCACUGUUUGAAAUAGUAAAAGGAGGAUUUCUCAUAUUUUAAAAUAGUAUAUUACCAAAACAAGAGAGAAGAGGAAUACACAGAGCAGCAAGGUAGCUUCCGAAGACCAACAACAUUCCCUUUUUGUCCAUACUUCACUUGCCGACUUCAUUCACCAACCACUUCAUUUUCCAGACCAGUGAAGACUGAAAUGCUAGAAUUAUAUAUCUAAAAAAGUAAGAGUACAUGGUAUGAUCUGCUUCUAAAAAUGGGGCAGAUGCAAACCCAGGCUGGCAAACUGCUGGGGAAUGAUGGAGGCUGGUGGGAGGAGCUAUAGGAGGAUGGGCUCGUUGUAAUGGCUGGAAUUAAUGGAAGGGUGUCAAACAUAUAGAAACCACAUGUUUGACCCUGUUCCUUUUAUUCCAUUCCAGCCAUUACAAUAAGCCCCUCCUAUAGUUCCUCCCACCAGCCUCCACUAUGUUAGAUGUUGCUAAAGCUCCACUCAAACUGGCCAGAACAAAUAGUGGUAGGUUGAUAUGAGUAAUACAUUGGUUUUCAAACUCAUUCAACACCUAGACCAGCUAGACCAGGGCUCUGGCAUCAUCUUAAACAGGCACUUUUUUGAUAAUAAACACAAACAAACUAGCAUUGAUGGUGGGAGGUCUGUAAAAAGUCUGGUAACACAAAAUACUUUCUGAUGAGAAAUGUAGUCAAGCAGUGUUGUGAUGGACAUGAAUGCAUUAUUUCAUCUUCUAAGAUUAGAGACUUUAAAAAAAAGUUUACAGUUUUGAAUUAGUUGACACAAGUGUGUAUGUUAUGUUUUUGUGCUCUGUUAAGAUCCAGCUAGAAAAUAUAAGGAUACUGCUUACAGUAACAACAAACUAGGAAUUCAAGUGAUCUUAUCUUAGUGGCCUUGACACAGAUCUGACCUAAUUAUGAUGCUUCAUUAUCCAAUGUCUAAACAAUUUACAACCUUACUCUUUUUUUUCUCUUUUCUGUGUCUGUAUGUAUUAGUCAUUUUAAGUUUGUCAAAGGAACAAAAAGGGAAGAAAGAAAUGAGGAUCCCUGGACGAGCCUUUUUCAUUGUGCAUUUGUCUGAAUGUCUUUACUGAUGGCUUGGCUAGAUAAUGUACUAGGGUAAUGAUGGCUUGGCUAGAUAAUGUACUAGGGUAUUGAUGGUUUGGCUAGAUAAUGUACUAGGGUAUUGAUGGCUUGGCUAGAUAAUGUACUAGGGUAUUGAUGGUUUGGCUAGAUAAUGUACUAGGGUAUUGAUGGUUUGGCUAGAUAAUGUACUAGGGUAUUGAUGGUUUGGCUAGAUAAUGUACUAGGGUAUUGAUGGCUUGGCUAGAUAAUGUACUAGGGUAUUGAUGGCUUGGCUAGAUAAUGUACUAGGUUAUUGAUGGCUUGGCUAGAUAAUGUACUAGGGUAUUGAUGGCUUGGCUAGAUAAUGUACUAGGGUAUUGAUGUCUUUCUUGGCAGUCAGACAACCCCAUUUAGUUAAGUUCUACUCACCUCUCAGCUUCAUGGAACAGCUGUGGAUCAGCAACCUUCCCUCCCCCACUGAGAAUGAAUCAGCUAACAAGUGGAAUAGAUUGAUAUUCUAAGAUAAAAUCCCUCUCACUUAUUAUUUUUUGUUGUUGUUGUUGCUUUGAUUUUUAUCUUAGGGAAUCUGUAUCAAGUUAAAAUAAAAAUGAAUAAGCUUAAAUCUGUUUCAGGUUGGUCGAUUCUACAGUCCGUUGUUUGGUGUAGUCAGUGUAGUCCAGUGGUAAGUGAGGAAUCAAAAUGCUAAGAAUGGGAAAGUGGAUCUAAAAUGUUUUAGAAACAAAGUGCAAUAUUACUCAUUUGAAUGUGUUUUAUUCUCUAUUUGUAAAUCUAGUUUCUCCUUUGUCUUUACAGUUUGUUGGGCAUGAUCGUCUAUAGAUAUUGUAUGAAUAUCCUGAAUGAUUGUAACCAUUUUGUCUAGUUAUUCUUUUGAGUUUAAUAAACUUUUG